AUAGUGAAUAAAAUUAGUUUAAAAUCCAUUCAAUUAUUUCAAUCACACGAAGACAUCGACAGUAAUGGACAUCACGUUUGACACAAACGACAAGAUUUUGUUGGUCUCCAACAAAGAGUCACCAUUUGAUCCGACAUUUGUGGACACAGUUGUGGCAAAAGUGAGCGCAAAGAAUGCAUUCAAUGAACAGUUGGAUAAUUUGUCGUCCAUUGAUAAGGAUUUUGAUGUUAUCUUGAGUUCUGUCCAACAAAUGGAUGACAAAACUCUCGCGAUUUUGUUGUCUUCGCUUAAACCGAAGGGUCGGCUAAUCGUGAGAAAGUCAAAGGACUGUCAGUCCGGACAGACUGUGUCUUCACUUAAAUUGAAUGGUUUCGUGAAUAUCAACGAAACCGUUGAUGAGAUCACUGCCCAUAAGCCCGACUACGAGAGGGGAUCAGCCGUUAAGCUAAACCUUAGCGGCAAUAAGUCAUCGACGGCUAAGAUCUGGUCAUUGGCUGCGAACGACAUAAUCGACGAUUCGGUCGAUUUGAUUGACGACAACGAGCUGUUGACCGAUGAGGACAGGGCUCUACCGGACCCGCAGUCGUUGCGAGUGUGCGCCACAACCAAACAGCGCAAAGCCUGUGCCAACUGUUCGUGCGGUUUGGCCGAAGAACUCGAGUCCGAAGCCAUUGAGUUCGUGAAGCAAAACUCACAGAACGCCAAGUCUUCGUGCGGUAACUGCUAUUUAGGCGAUGCCUUCCGGUGCGCCAAAUGUCCGUACCUGGGAAUGCCUGCGUUUAAGCCUGGUCAAAAGGUGGUGCUCGACACUUCCAGUGAUCUAUAAUCUGCCAAACGUUUCUCAAAUAUUUUUUUAUCAUUUCGACAUUUAUUUAAUGCUUUUUAGUCUUAAAUGUCUCGUAAUUUACCACAAGUUCAAGAGAAAUAUCUUAUUUAUAGACCAAUUCUUACGGUAGUUAUGAAACUAAAACAUAUGACAUAUUGACUGUACUGUAGUAAACAUUUUAUUAAAUUCUGUCCAAAAAUAGUUAUAAAUUAUUGAAUCAAUUAUCUGUAUAUUACUGUAAAAGUGGAAUAUAUUAUUAAAUAAUACAAU